AUGGUCACGAGCUCGUAUGCCCUGGCCCCUUCACCUUGCUAUGCCUGUCUUGGCUCGCACACGGUCGCCGAGGCGUCGGCGGCCGGAGCAGCAGUCAGCAGCCGCCAGAGGCACAGCGAGUCGCGCAGAUGGAGGAAGCCGGCGCGCAGAACCUGCAAGCGGCGGCGUGCCGGCGGCGCAAAGCCGACCCUGUGGCUGUGGGCGGCCGACGGCGGCGCGAAGCUGGCCAGUGAUCACAGAAUAAAGAGGAGUUGUGGACCUCGUCCACGUUUAAUUGAGGAAUGUGAUAUUAUUCAUUAUGCCUUUAGUUGUGCUGAACAGGUUGAGAACAUUCAUGAGCCGGCUACGUACACUGAAGCUGUUGUUUCUGGUGACCGCGAGAAGUGGAUUUCCGCUAUGCAAGAAGAGAUGCAGUCACUUAAGAAAAAUGACACAUGA